GCGACCAGCGGGGAUCACCAGCACUGACAGCCAAGGCUUCCGCACCUUCAACGAUUAACAGGGAGGUUUUUUCUCAUUGUUCUGAAAUGAACACAGAAAUAAUGUUAAGUGUGCUGUAUGUAGGCAACCUGCACCCUGGUGUGACUGCGUCCAUGCUGUGGGAGAAGUUCAACCCUGCAGGCUGCAUUCACUCCCUUAAGCUCUGUAGGUACAGGAGGACCAGCGCAUCCCGGCAGUAUGCGUACAUCAACUUUUACCAGCCAGCCGAGGCGGAGUGCGCCAUCCAAAUGCUGAAUUCUGAGCAGCUUAUGGGUCGGCCCAUGCGAGUAAUGUGGUCCCAUAAGGGGUCGAAGAGAUCUGGCCAUGUAAACCUCGAGUCUGUCAAUGCCACAGAAGGAACGAUCAGAACACCGGACAGCAAACUGUUCACCGAUCCCGAGAACACAGAUGAUGAGAAGCUGACAGACACCUUACAACCUGAGACUGCUCAUUCCCCGGAUACCUUCACCAACAUCUUCAUUAAAAACUUUGGCCAGGACAUGGAUGAUGAGAUGUUGGCGGAAAUCUUCAACAGCUUUGGUCCGACAGUGAGUGUUCGUGUCAUGACUGAUGAGAACGGAAAAUCUAAAGGCUUCGGCUUUGUGAGUUUUGAAAGACACGAGGAUGCACAGAGGGCCAUGAAGGUGAUGAACGGGAAGGAAGUGAACGGAAGGAAGAUAUACGUGGGCAGAGCGCAGAGUAAAAUUGAGAGGGAGGCUGAAAUUGAGCACAUAUAUAGGCAGGGUCUGAACUUGUACGUGAAACACCUGGACGAUAACGUGGAUGAUGAAGCUUUGCGCGGAAUGUUCUCCCCAUUUGGAACCAUCACCAGUGCAAAGGUGAUGAUGCUGUAUGGUCAGUCCAGAGGCUUUGGUUUUGUGCACUUCUCCUCUUUUAAAGAAGGCAUGAAUGCUAUAAAAAAUAUGAACCACAAGAUGUUGGGUAAGAAGCCACUUUAUGUGUGUGUCGCUCAGCGGAAGGAAGACCGCCAUGCUUUUCUUGCCCAACAGCAUAACAAAGGAUAUCUACAGCUAUAGAUAUGGUCCAAGCCAAUUGCAGUGCUCUAGCUGUAGAUACAAUUAUGUCUGAAAAUAUUGUUCUACCUGUAGAUCAUGUGCUGGCUCCAGGUGCAGUUUCGAGUCCAGCUGCAGCUGCAAGACCGGGCCUGUCUGGCCCGUCCUGGUGUCCCACUUCUGGAUGGAGAUAUCAUUGCAUAAACGCCCAGUGUAGUCUGUCUGGGAUGCGUGUGGUGACUGGGGAUGGUUCUACUUGAUCAUGAAGACGGUCCUGUCCUCGGCUGAUGCAGACAGCUGUCUCUCUGAGGACUCGUGACUGCAGUGGCUCGAUAGUUCAGGACUGGAGUUUCCUACAGUCUACCUGAGCCUCCAAUAAUGAACUGGACUCCAUAUGAACUUCUCCACAUCUCCUGUUAUACUGAACUUCCAGCCUCCUAACACACAGUAUGAGUGCAGAUCAAUCCCUGCUAUCUGUUAUCACCCAGAUGAGGAUGGGUUCCCUGUUGAGUCUGGUUCCUCUCAAGGUUCCUUCCUAUUACCAUCUCAGGGAGUUUUUCCCUCAGCACCGUCACAGUUUAUAUAUACAGCACUGUGUGUGUGUGUGUGUGUGUGUGUGUGUGUUAGUCGUAUUGUGCAAAAGUCUUAAGCACACGUGUAUACAAGGUUUUUUAAAGUCAUUAUUACGUCAGUACAAAGUUUAUUUCUGAUUUCUAAACAUUAGUAUUUCAGCAAAAAAAUUUAAUCUUAAAAGUAAAAUAUCUGUAGGCCAGAAGAGAAAGAAGCAUAUUAUGUAAAAGAGCAGUUUUUAGACAAAAAAAAAAAAAAUCUGGGUUUACCUGCAUGAAAAAAGUAUCAGGUUCAACAAAGUCCUCAAAAGGACGAGGCUGAUUCUGCAGGAUGUUCAGUGAAACUUGAGCAGAUCAUUUGUCACUGCUUUGUAACAAUGUAAAUUGAUAAGAAAUAAAUCAUUUCCUUAUA